AGAAAGAUCAAACCCUCUUAGAAAAUUCUCUGAAAUGUUCUUGGAGUUCAUAAUAUGUUCUUCAUUUUCCAACGUCGACCGUCAUGAGAGGUGGCGUCGGCCAUCGCUUUCAUCCCGAAGACGAAGAUAAAUGGUUAUUUUCGAUUCUUUCUCUCUCCUUAGCACAAAAACAAGGGCAGUUUCAUCAAAAUCCCUUGAGAAUAGAGUAGAUCUAAGGUUUUAUUUUUGAAAUACGUAUCUCAAGUCAUCGAGAUUUUUCACUGCUCUACAGGGUAGGUCAGAUUAGGAAAAGAAGGGUGAUCUGCUCUACUGCUAUUCAGGGUAGGUCAGAUGAGGAAAAGAAAUGAGAUUUGCUCCGUUUCUCUUCACGGUAGGUUAGAUCGAAAAGAGAAAUGAGAUAUGCUCCGCUGCUUUUCAAGGUAGGUUAGAUCGGGAAAAGAAUGAGGAUCUGCUCCGCUGCUCUUAAGGGUAGGUCAGAUCGAGAAAAGAAUUGAGAUUUGCUAUGCUUCUCUUCAGGGUAGGUCAGAUCAGGAAAAGAAUGGUGAUCUGCUCCAUUGCUCUUCAGGAAAAGAAGGCUAAGGUUGUUUUCGGAUUAAGUGCCCUUGUUGGUCGAACCAUACAUUCUAAUGGUAAAGCCAUUGGUUCUUGGAGCUGCACCAGUGCAAAAUUUUUUAUUCGUUACACUGUCGAAAACAACUAUAACAUUCAUGGUUGGGAGUUAGGAAAUGAAUUGAGCGGGAGCGGGGUCAGAACUCGGGUAUCUGCAGACCAGUAUGCAGUUGACAUUGCUGCAGUUCAAAGCGUAGUAGAGAAGGCAUACAAGAAUGUCGAUUUGAAGCCGUUGAUUAUUGCACCCGGAGGGCUCUACGACUAGUAUUGGUUUGAAGAAUACAUGAAUAAAACGAUCAAAUCUGUAGAUAUUGUCACUCACCACAUAUACAACCUUGGACCAGGGAGUUGAUGAACAUCUUAUUGAAAAAGAUUCUCGAUCCAUCCAUUCUCGAAGGCUGGUUCGAAACAUUCAUCGGCGUCCAUAACAUGAUCAAGAGUUCUCCAACUUCAACAGUUGCCUGGGUGGGUAAGGCUGGAGGAGCUUAAAACAGCGGCCAUCAUUUCGUCACAAAUGUAUUUGUGUUCAGUUUCUGGUGAUACUUUGUUAUCCUGAUGUUAAGGCGUUUUGGAUCGGUCCAAUAGAUUUUUGAUCGAUAUGAAAUGUAGGUAUUUAGAUCAACUCGGCAUGGCAUCCAAGUACGAUACGAAAACGUAUUGCAGACAUCACUGAUUGGUGGAAAUUAUGGUUUACUCAACACCACUGUUAGACUGUUGUUAAAGAAAAUGCACGUGUAUUGCUGUUAAAGAAAUAUGCACGUGUUUUGAAUAGGCGGUUAGUCUGUUAAGUGGUUAGCUAGGGUUGUUAGGCAGUUAGAGGAAAGUUGAUGAACGUUAUAUCUUUUAUAAAUUGGUGUACUUGCUGAUAUGAAGGGAUAUGCUUUCCUGU